AUGCUUGCAUCCAGAAAGUGUGCUAGGAGGGUUUCCGGCAAAGCAUUGCACUUUGUCGUGAAACCGCGCUAUGCAUCACAAUUGUCCAACUUCCAGGCCCAGUCCAUCAUUAAGAAGUCGUUUGACGAUGAGGUCAAGAACAUCAUGAGAAACACCUACACUCCCAGAUUUGGCGAAGCUAGAGGAGGCAUAUUUACCUCUAAUUACUUGCCUGAUUUGGUGGUUCCUGCGGUUCAACCUGCCAUACAUUUGAAGUCAGACAAGUCCAAGCCUGAGUCCGGUGUUGCUGACAAAGAGUCCCCCAAGGAUGAGACUCCAAAGGACAAGACACCCGAAGAGACCGAAACUCCAGAAACGGAAAAAACACCCGAAAAGCCGCCUAUUAGUGAAGAAGCGGUUUCCAAAUCCAAUUCUUCCAAAGGUAAUGCCUCUGCCUCUUCUGCUGGUGGUGCCACUGGUGCCACUCCACCAUCCCAGGGAUCUGGCGAUCAGCCACCUUCAGCUGGAGAUGCUCCUUCUCCAAAGAAACAGACCGCCUUUGAGCUGCCGGAAGUAUAUCCACAAAUAAUUGCCUUGCCGAUUUCCAGAAGACCGCUAUUUCCGGGGUUCUACAAGGCGGUGAUCAUCACCGACGUGAACGUCAUCAAGGCAGUGAAAGAGUCUUUGGACAGAGAGUAUCCUUUCAUCGGUUGUUUUCUGUUCAAGGAUGAGCUUGCCGAGUCGGACGUGAUUGAGAGCAAGGACCAGGUUUACGAGACGGGUGUGUUGGCCCAGAUAACCUCCAAUGUCUACACGAAGGAUAACGAGACUGGAGUGGAAACCCUGACCACCGUGUUGUAUCCCCACAAGCGUAUCAGAAUUGACGAUUUGUUUCCUCCAGAGUCUUCUGAGGGUGUUUCUAAGAUUAGAAUUGACGAAAGUGAUCACAAGGAGAUUAUUCAAGGUAUUAGAGGCGAGAAGGAAGGUGAUGUCCCCAAGAUCGUGGAGCAGGGAACAGAUGCACCAGUUGAGGAAGCCUCCAAGACAGAAUCAGAGUCCCUCAAAGAAGAGGAGGACGAAGAAGAUAACCCCACUGCCUUCCUGAAGAAGUAUCCAAUCACCUUGGUCAACGUUUCCAAUGUCGAAGACGAUCCAUUUGAGUCAGACAACCCCAUCAUCAACUCGCUCACGGCUGCCAUUUUGGAGGUUCUGAAGGAAAUGUCUGGUCUGAACAAAAUGUUCAGCGAUCAAUUGGCCACUUUCAGUGCUUCUUUGCACAAUGAUAUCUUCAACUGUCCCGAGAAGCUGGCGGACUUUGCCGCUGCCGUCACAGCUGGUAACGAGAAGGAUCUUCAGGAAAUUCUUGAUUGUACAAACAUUGAGAAGAGGUUGGAGAUGGCUUUGACAGUACUGAAGAAGGAGCUCAUGAACAAGGAGUUGCAAAAAAGGAUUGAGAAGGACAUCGAAGAGCGUAUGACCAAGAGACAUAGAGAAUAUCAUCUCAACGAGCAACUGAAGUGGAUCAAGAAGGAACUUGGCAUCGAUGAUGGCCGUGAUAAGCUCAUUGCCAAGUACAACGAGCGUGUCAAAAAUCUUGUGAUGCCUGAGGAGGUGAAGAAGGUUUAUGAUGACGAAAUCAAUAAGCUCUCCACUUUGGAGCCAUUGAUGUCUGAGUUUACUGUUACGAGAAACUACCUGGACUGGUUGACUCAAAUUCCUUGGGGAAAUUCCUCAAGAGAUAACUACAGUAUCAACCGUGCCAUGACCGUUUUGGACGAGGACCAUUACGGGUUGAAGGAUGUCAAGGAUAGAAUCCUUGAGUUCAUAGCAGUGGGUAAGCUGCUGGACAAGAUCAAUGGUAAGAUCAUUUGUUUUGUUGGUCCACCAGGUGUUGGUAAGACAUCGAUUGGUAAGUCCAUUGCGAGAGCACUUAACAGAAAGUUUUACAGGUUUUCUGUCGGAGGUUUGAGUGAUGUUUCUGAGAUCAAGGGUCAUAGAAGAACCUACGUUGGAGCCAUUCCAGGUAGAGUUGUUCAAGCCUUGAAAAAGACGCAAACCGAAAACCCGCUGAUUCUCAUUGAUGAGAUCGACAAAAUCUCCCAUUCCCACAGUGUAAAUGGCGGAGAUCCCUCUGCUGCUCUCCUGGAGCUUUUGGAUCCUGAACAGAACAACACGUUCUUGGAUAACUAUAUGGAUGUUCCAAUCGACUUGUCCAAGGUUUUGUUUGUGUGCACGGCCAACCAGUUGAGCACAAUCCCAGGUCCAUUGCUGGAUAGAAUGGAGGUGAUCGAGAUCUCUGGGUACAUCGCUGAUGAGAAGAUCAAGAUCGCAGAGAAAUACCUUGCACCUGAAGCAAAGGUGAACUCUGGUCUUGAAAACGUGAACGUUUCUUUGGAAGAGGACACUAUUGUCGCCUUGAUCAAGCAAUAUUGUCGCGAGAGUGGAGUCAGAAACUUGAAGAAACACAUUGAGAAGAUCUACCGUAAGGCUGCUCUGAAUGUUGUGAGAGAGGUGGGUGAUCAGGAGAUCGACGAGUUGAGAGAGGAAGAAGCAGCACAGGUUGAGGCUGCAGCUGAAACAUCAUCAGAGUCUGGGUCCGCUCCUGCUGCUUCGGAAAGCUCAGAGACUGAAGUCAAAGCCCCACAGAUCGUUGUUCCAGAAGAUUACAAGGUUGACAUCACCCCUGAGAACUUGAAGGACUAUGUUGGACCUCCAGUAUACACUUCUGAUAGACUUUAUGAAACCACUCCAGCCGGUGUUGUUAUGGGUCUUGCAUGGACAUCUAUGGGAGGUUCUGCUCUCUACAUUGAGUCUGUUCUUGAACAGGCCAUCACCCGGGACUGUACUCCAAAGGUGGAAAUCACUGGUCAGUUGGGUGACGUUAUGAAAGAAUCCUCCAGAAUUGCAUACUCCUUCUCGAAGAUGUUCUUGGCCAAAAACUUCCCUGAAAAUAGAUUCUUCGAGAAGGCCAAGAUCCAUCUCCAUUGUCCCGAGGGAGCUACACCUAAAGACGGUCCUUCUGCCGGUGUUACAAUGACUUCGUCAUUCCUGUCGCUUGCGCUUAAUAAACCAUUAUCGCCCACAGUUGCUAUGACCGGUGAAUUGACCCUGACUGGAAAGGUUCUGAGAAUUGGAGGUUUGAAAGAAAAGACUGUUGCUGCCAAGAGAUCCGGUGUUGAUACGAUUAUCUUCCCUAAGGACAACCUCGCAGACUGGAAUGAGCUUCCCGAAAACGUGAAGGAAGGAAUCAAGCCAGUACCUGCCGAUUGGUACAGCGAUGUGUUCGAGGUGUUGUUCUCGGAUGUUUCCAAGGAGGAUGGUAACGCUGUCUGGAAGGCUGAGUUUGACAAGAUCGAAGCUGAAAAGGAGAAGGAGAGGAAGGAAAGCAAGGAAUAG